AUGACUACAUCCAUCACAUCAUCUUAUGAAGUCGUUACUAAUAACCAACCCUACCCAGCCGCCGAUAAGCUAAUUGAAAAGUUAAAUGAAAUCCAAUCAUUUCUCCAAGAAGAAGUUGACGAUUUAAGUGUUGGAUCAUCCAAACAACAACAAAUUCCUUCACAUCCCGAUCAUAUUGUUAAUGGUAUUAAUGGUAUUGAUGAAAUUUUUGCUAUUAAUGGAACAACUGAAGAACAAGAAAAACAAUUACGCGAUAAAGAAGAAGAAUUACAAGAACUUUAUGAAACCAUUGCGGAAUUGGAAGAACUUGAAGAAGAAUUGGGUGAUGAGGAUAUUUACAUUAUAAAAUCUCAAGCAGAUAAUAAAGCAAAGUAA